AUGGACACCGACCCUACCUACGACAUAGGCACCGACCCUACCUGCGACAUGGACACAGACCCUACCUACGACGUAGGCAUAUACCUCACCUACGAUAUAGGCACCGACCCUACAUACGACAUAGGCACCGACCCUACCAACGACAUAAUCACCGACCCUACCUACGACAAAGGCACCGACCCUACCUACAACAUAGGCACCGAUCCUACCUACGACAUAAGCAACGACCCUACCUACGACAUAGGCACCGACCCUACCUACGACAUAGGUACCGAUCCUACCUACGACAUAGGCAUCGACCCUACAUACGACAUAGGCACCUACCCUACCUUCAAAGUAGACUCCGACCAUACCUACGACAUAGGCAUCGACCUCACCUACGAUAUAGGCACCGACCCUACCUUCCACAAAGGCAUCGACCUUACCUACGACAUAGGCACCGAUCCUAAAUACGAUAUAGGCACCGACCCUACCUACGAUAUAGGUACCGACCCUAAAUACGAUAUAGGCACCGACCCUACCUAUGACAUAGACACAGACCCUACCUACGAUAUAGGCACCGACCCUACCUACGACAUGGACACCGACCCUACCUACGACAUAGGCACCGACCCUACCUGCGACAUGGACACAGACCCUACCUACGACGUAGGCAUAUACCUCACCUACGAUAUAGGCACCGACCCUACAUACGACAUAGGCACCGACCCUACCAACGACAUAGUCACCGACCCUACCUACGACAAAGGCACCGACCCUACCUACAACAUAGGCACCGAUCCUACCUACGACAUAAGCAACGACCCUACCUACGACAUAGGCACCGACCCUACCUACGACAUAGGUACCGAUCCUACCUACGACAUAGGCAUCGACCCUACAUACGACAUAGGUACCAACCAUACCUACGACAUAGGCACCGACCCUAUCUAUGAAAAAGGCACCGAUCCUACCUACGACGUAGGCACCGAACCUACCUACGACGUAGACACCGAACCUACCUACGACAUAGGCACCGACUCUACCUACGACAUAGGCACCGACUCUACCUACGACAUAGGUACCGACCCUACCUACGACAUAGGCACUGACUCUACCUACGACAUAGGCACCGACUCUACCUACGACAUAGGCACUGACUCUACCUACGACAUAGGUACCGACCCUACCUACGACAUAGGCACUGACUCUACCUACGACAUAGGCACCGACCCUACCCUGAAAUCACCUCUUCCUUCCUGA